AUGCGCCGACCAUUGGAUCUUAACAAACAGCACACCCACUCCCACCAUCAACUUCAACAACAACCCAUCUCCCAUCAGUUCCCUCAAUCCAACGCAUCCAGUGGAGGCCAAGGUCAGGGUUAUCCUCGUAACAACAACGGAACUCCCACUCGUCAGCCUGCAAUUAGAUCGCAACCGCAACUCUCUCCCUUGGUCUCCCAACCAAUGGGUCUGCUAAAUUUACUCAAACAGGCUCGACUCAAUCCCACAGCUAAUGGCCUAAUGGGUCUCAAAAGAGCCCAAAGGGGGGUUCCUGUUAGAGCCAAGAGUAAUCCUUCUGUAACCACCGGGGAUAAUAAGUGGUUUGGUUCUGCUCCGAAAUCAGAGGAUGCCAAACAGAAGGCGGAGAAAUUGUCACAAUCCUCUGGAUCACUGAGUUCGGGUUCUUCAAGUGAUGAUGAUGAUGAUGGUGAUGGGAAAACUACUAUCCCCGAGGACUGUCGAAGCGAGUCGGCAUUCUUCCUACGUCCACCUCCCGGUCCUAAGUUGAAGAGGCGUCUAGCGAAGCCACGACCGGAUGAAAUUUUUCUUGUUGAUGAGUUGUAUGAUGACAGUGAGGCAUUUAAUACGGACGAUGGGGAGGUUGAGAGGACUGCAGGCGAGAAACAUGACCUGAACACUUCAACUCGAUUAACAGAAGUUCUACAACUUCAAGCUGUAUGUUUGGAUGUAGUCCCUGCUGCCGCUAUUUAUGUCUUAUUAUUCUCAACUGUCACAGCUAUGCAGUCAUAUCUUCUGGAAUUGGAUCGAUUAGCGGCCCAAUUGACAGACAUGGGUGCGCGAACCCCUCUCUCUGCCACAAAAGCUAUCAAUGGCAACGGCAAGGUUACCGGUGGAGGAGGAAAGGCAAGCACCCCUACACCCCCAUCAUCUCCAUCCACCGUCUCCUCCACUCAUUCGUCUAAUUCUUCCUCGGCUUCAACGCCUGAUGAAGAGGGUUCCCUCAAAAAGAACAGAAGGCGUCAAGGUGCCUUCCGUGGCAACGGAGAUGGUGAUAAUCGACGCCAGACAGUGGUCGAGAAAGUUCCAGGUGCUGCUGAAAUUCAUUCUGAUGAUGGUGAAGAUGAAAUCGAGGGUGUAAAUCAGGAGGAAAUGAUGGACGAUGAGGAAAUUCAAUUGAAGGAUCCGAAUGCCGAUGAUGAAGGUGAUGAUUCGGACGGAGUAGUUGAUGUUGUUGAAGAUGUUGAAGGCGAACCGGGCGCAUUGGAUGUAGAGGAGACUGCGCAUGUCAGAUCCACACUCUCUAUCCUCAGACCUUCCAGAAAAGAGGAUCUAGCCGCCUCCGAGAACGGUAAUGGCGGAGAUAAACUUAUCCGGCGAAUUGAGGCUCCACCUUUACCCCAUCGAGAUGAUUCAUCCUCUCCUCCUCCCCUGCCUCCACGAUGUCAACCCCCUUGCGACCCUUCGAUCAAUGGAGGUGAUCCCUUCGGUACACCUGUGGCUUGUUUCCCCAUUAUUGCAACUUCAAAUACUUCUCCUAACGCCACUACGGCCUGUGUCAAUGGACUGCAGUUGCAACUGGUUAGUUGUUUCCCUCCAGAGCUCCUCAUGGAGGUUGAUCCUGUUGUGAGGCAUCAAUUUGGACUGCCACAAAUUCGUCGCUCGGCUAAGAAGGCCAAUAGGAGAUACUCGGCUCCUCCGGGAUAUCUCGUUCCCAUGUUGAGCGAAAUUGUUAAUGAGGCAGAAGAUGUGGAGACGAUUCAGCGAUCGGUUCAACGUCGCCCACAACCCCCUGGUCAUUACAAUCAUCUCGCACAACAGAACCAACGUCCAAGCAGUGUCAUCUACACCGGUACUUCAGGAGAUCUGUGGGCUAGUCAGGAGGAAUCUCAAGUUACCAACUUUGGAGCUGUUAAUUCCUCUUCUUCCAACCAAGCUCCAAACCAUCGGCCCCAGGCGUCCACAGCUUCAGCGGGUCUUCCAACCUCUGCAGCAGCAGUCGGGGCUCAACAGCAGCAGCAGCAGCAACAACAGUUGCAGCAGCAUCGACGCUCCCAAGACGACACCAAUCGAGCGGGGGCUCUUGGCGCGGCCUCUCGUUGUCUAGCGGGUUCUGGUGCACUCCCCCAAUCUCCGUCAUUCAACUCUAGAGUUAAUUUGCCAUCCUCAGCCUCGCCCAUUCCUAAUGAACAGCAGCAACAGCAGCAACAACAACAGCAGGAUGCUGAAUCAAAUAAUGCAUCCGGAAAGAAACCAAGUCGGAAAAGGGGUGACAGGAAGUUGGUUUCAGUUUUAACUGACGCGACCAUGUCAAACUCCACAUUCCCUGGCCACGGGGAAGCUCAUUGGAUGAAUGUCUUGAACAAGAUAGCUCCCAAACGCCAAGGAUCUCAACAGCAGCACCUUCCGACUACUGUUGAGGUUUCUCCUGCUCUUCCAUUGAAUCAACAACACGAGGAGACUCCAGAAGUACACGUCUACAAAAAGCGCUUCAGCUCUGAGAUUCUCUGUGCUGCAAUGUGGGGUGUUAAUCUACUGAUUGGUCUAGACACUGGUCUCUCGCUUCUUGAUCGUUCUGGUGAGGGAAAAGUGUACUCGCUGAUAAGUCGACGGCGCUUCUCACAGAUGGCUGUUCUGGAAGGUCAGAAUAUUCUGGUGACAAUUUCGGGAAGGAAGAACCGCCUGAGAGUCUACUACCUCUCUUGGCUCAAGAGCAAAAUCAUGAAGUCUGAGGGGUGUGACAAAAAGAACGGAUGGGUCAAUGUGGGCGAAAAUCUUCAUGGCGCAGUGACUUUCAAGAUCGUAAAACAUGAGAACAUCAAAUUCUUGGUCAUCGCUCUACGAGACUCUGUUGAAAUCUACGCCUGGGCUCCAAGACCCUAUCACAAGUUCAUGGCUUUCAAGCACUUCUCUUCUCUGCACUUCCGUCCACUGCUGGUUGACCUGACUGUGGAAGAAAAUCAGCGUCUAAAGGUCAUCUAUGGCUCUGAAGCAGGUUUCCAUGCCAUCGAUCUUGACACCAACACGGUCUUUGAUCUUUAUCUCUGUCCCAAGCCCAAUCGUGGAACCAUCACUCCCCAUUGUAUAGUCGUUUUACCCAACACUGAUGGAUUGCAACUUCUGCUCUGUUACGAUACUGAGGGCGUGUAUGUAGAUACGAGUGGAAAGAUGACGAAGAAUGUGAUAAUCCAGUGGGGCGAGACGCCCACAUCGGUGGCCUACAUCGCUGCAUCAGGACAGCUUCUGGGGUGGGGUCUGAGAGCCAUUGAAGUUCGUUCUGCAGCCACUGGACAUCUGGACGGCGUCUUCAUGCACAAACGAGAGCAGCGAUUCAAGUUCCUUUGUGAACGAAAUGACAAGGUAUUCUUUUCAAACACCCGAUCAGGUUCUCCCCAGGUUUCCAUGAUGACCUUGAGCGGUAUUCAUUGGUGA